CAUACGUAUUUGUAGGGAACAAAAUGUUCCCCGUUUAGCACAUUUUCCUCAAUUGAAUGAAUCAAAUGAACUUCCUAAAACAGUAAAUUAUUCCGUUCCAAAAAAACACCCCCAAUAAUAACCAACUUACUUCCUCUGCAUUUUUGUCAAACACAUAGGUAACAGUGAUAUCAACGUACAGAAUAAACACACACCAAACGACAAUAAUCACAAAUACGUAUACAAAACUAAACUUAUUAUCCAAACCCAUUCCCAUGAUAUAAUGCGUCCCGAAAAAUAAAUCAUUUCCCAUCAAAAAAAGAUCUGUGGCAAAUUUCAACAAAAUAACGAAUUGCAACGUCUGAUUAGUUUCCCGCGACAAGUCUCGAAUCGCCCAAUAAAGUGAACAAAUUUUCGUCAAACUUUGUUUAUUACGUUUUAGACUGGAGCCGAAUUCAGUGUAGAAUUUUGAAAUUAGAAAAACGAAAAAUAUCAGAGUGGCUUCCGCCACGUAAAAAAACACCAAUUGUGGGAAAAAACAAAACCUGAACAAAUAGUCUUGUCUGUCUUUAACCAAAUAUAGACAAUCGCCAAUAAUCAUGGUAAGGGUGUAUAAAACUUUGAUUAAAAGAUACUUGGCGAGCUUUGCCCCGACUUCGAGACACCCAAAUUUGGGGAAACAGGCCAGGAAUAUUUUUUCAGUGGUUAGGAAUUUAGUGAGAAGUGUGGCCACAUUGUUCCUUCUUAUGUAGAAAAAUAAAGUGAAAAAAAUGUUUUGGCAAGUGACCACUGCAAAUAAAAAUAUCUGCAUUUGAAUUCGGUACGAGUCAACUUUAGUCUCGCAAAAUAUUAAAAACACUGACACGUUUAUAACUCCCAGACAAACUAGGACUAAUAAAAUGUAAAAAUACAAGUGAACGAUUACAGUUUGUGAAUUCCCCAAACGUUUGAUUUCGAAAACAGGCAAACCCGUGUACUUCCACACUUUAAAAAUGAGUCGUUCGUAAUCUGACACGUUCCUCGGACGCCACCACAUAUUAACCCAAUUAUUACAAUUUGUAAAUGCGGCCAAACAUCGUAACCACUUUUCAUUACAGCACUGUAGGGUCGAUACCAAUUCAUUAUGCUCUGGCAACCGAAAAAUGUAAUUGAAUUUGCGACCCCGAUUAUAAAACUGUGGAAAUAUUUGGGACUGCCGAUUUACGAAGUGACUGGUUUGCGCGUAACUCGUCAAAAAUCGUAUUUUUUCCCGUUUGCGUUCCUUUUUUUGGGUGUGAAUAUUUCGGUGUAUGCCGUUUACUACGGAGUGGAGAAUUCGCUAAGGAGUUGGUUAAGUGUUUGUGAAUUUGUUGCAAUACAAACGCAAAAUGUGAGUUUCGUCUUGUUGGCGUAUUGGAAAAGAAACCAAAUUCCAAAAUUCCUGGCAAAGUGCUUAGCCACUGAAAGACGGGUUAGUGCACUUUCGUGCACAAAUUUUGACUUUGUGGGGACUGGACGCCAGUUUUUGCUUCUACUAAUAGUGAAAUUGUUGCUCGUUAUUUUUAUUUUUGUAAUUGAUUGUAUUUUCAUGGCACGGGAUUUUAAGGACUAUAUUUUCCGCUACUGUUUUUACACCGGAUUUGUGUUUUACGGCGCCUCCGAUUUCACAAUUCUGGUGCUCAUCACACCAGUGGAAAAACUCUACGGACAUUUCUUAAAUAAUCUUGAAAAUCAUAAUCUUGAGGAAAGUGUUAGAGUAUUUUUCAUGUUGCAAGAUUUAGCUCAAAGCACGUUCAACAUUAUCGAAGAGUUUAUGUUGGCGAAAAUUCUAAUUGAUUUUUUUUACGCCUCCACUGAUGUGUUUUACGGGACAGCUUCGGCUUUGGAAGUCCAAACGUCACUUUUGGCCACAGUUUUGAGCUCUUUUAUUGUUGUCUUAUGGCUCUUGUUUGUUGUUCAUUCAAUAGUCACAAUCAGUUUUGUUUUUGGAAAAGUUAAGGAACAACACCAAGUCAUGAACGAAAUAAUCUGUGAGAGGUUUAGGUCUAAAGCAGCUAAAAACUACAGAUGUGAAGCUAAGCUACUCCUGAGGGGUAAAGUGAACCCGUUAAAAUUCACCAUUUGCGGUUUUCUACCCUUAGAUUAUUGUCUCGCUUACACUAUGACUGCAGGUAUAGUCACUUAUGUCAUUUAUUUAGUGCAAUUUAGUCAAGUAAGUCAUUGUGUAACAUGCAAAUAAAUCACAAAUACAUGAAAACAUUUCCUAAAGUAAAUUUUUAGGCAAAGAAUUUAAUUUUAAUUAUUUGAAACAGUGGAGUCUUUUUGUUGCACUUGUGUGAACUGUACCAAAUAUAUCAUGUAAGAAGCCA